UGUGCACUGUGCAAAUGACCAAAGAGUAUGUGCCUAUUCUUUGGUACUUAGACAUAUUAUACAUGCAAUAAAAGUGAUCAUGCGUAGCAUCUAUAAUAGUAGUCUGUGAAAGUGAUAAAACUUUUGAAUUAUGUAUGUAUUUUUUAUAAUAAAUGAUAACAUUUGGAUAUCACUCUCCACUGACAUUGUAUAACGUGUAUUUUUUUGAAACUAUCUACUAGAUUAAAUCUAUUUGUCUCAUCUAACAUAUAGUGUAUGCAACAAAAAAUAAUGAUAAUCAUAACUUAUAUGUGACAAGUGACAUUUCAAGCAAGUUACUGCUAUUCCCACAAUCGAACAAUCAUGUUGCCUUCUAUCGCAGCCAAGUGUUUAUACCGGAAAAUAGGAAGGCGCUCUGGUGAAUUGAAGUAUUUUCAUUCAAUAUGUUUUGAAACUCCUGUAAUGUUAAGGAUUGAGGGUUUAUGGACAUUCAACAAUAAGGGUUUUUCAAGAUGUAUCAAUACUUCUGCUUAUUAUAGUGAUAAAAGUAAUCCUAAUAGCACUAAUGAAAUUAUAAAUGGUAAUAAAGAUGCUCAGAAAAUUAUUAAACAAUCACCCACAGGGGAUAUUAUUGUUAAGACUGAGACUGAUUCUAAAAUGAAUAAAGUGGUAACUAAAGUUACUAUUGAAAAGAAAGAUAAGACCAAACCACCUCCAGAUAAACAAGGUGCACCACAGCCAGUUAAAAAGAGGCUUCUAAUAGAUUUUUCGGCUUCAUAUACUGAACGCAAUUUUAUAACUCCUAUGCGUGCAAUGACAGAGUAUUUGUUGAAGCAAACAGAUUUAGAAACAUUGCCAAAAGUGCUCAGAAGAUCACCUUAUGAAGCAGAACCUCCUAUAACUGUUUAUUAUAGAAAAGAUGUUGAGGCAAAAGCAUUUGAAGUGUGGGGUUCCAAGGAAGCUUUAGAAAAAGAACUAUUAAGAAGGGAACUAGAUAGAAGAAGAUACGAACAAGAUGUUUUCACUGUUAAAAGAAGAUUACGUAAUUAUAGAAGAGAAAUGAGUCACACACGUUUAAAAACUGAAUCAGAAGCAGUUGGUCUUAAAACAAGAUCUGGUCGUGUUGUACUCACAGCUAUAGGAAUAAACGGAUGUAAUUUUCUCUUUAAGCUUUGUGCUUGGUUUUAUACUGGAUCUCAUAGUUUGUUCUCUGAAUGCAUACAUUCCCUCGCUGAUACUGUUAACCAGUUGAUAUUAGCAUAUGGAAUUCAUAAAUCUGUUCAAAUGGCAGAUGCGGAUCAUCCUUAUGGUUACACAAACAUGAGAUAUGUGUCCUCAUUGAUUUCUGGUGUUGGCAUAUUUUGUGUCGGAAGUGGAUUAUCGUUCUACCACGGCGUCACUGGUAUAUUAGAUCCACAACCUUUGAAUGACUUUUAUUGGGCAUACUUCGUUCUUGGCGGUGCAGUAGUAUCUGAAGGCGCCACCUUAAUGGUGGCAUUAAAUGCUAUUCGGAAAGGUGCACGAGAAGCGAAUAUGUCCUUAUAUGAAUAUGUGAUGCGCAGCUCGGAUCCGUCAGUAAACGUGGUACUGUUGGAAGACACGGCGGCUGUGGCGGGUGUAGUGGUGGCAGCGUCAUGCAUGGCCAUCUCGCAGUACACCGGGAACCCGCUACCGGACGCGCUCGGCAGUAUCCUAGUCGGCACACUGCUAGGCGGAGUCGCGUCAUUUAUCAUACUGAGCAAUGUUGGCGCUUUGGUCGGCAGAUCUAUACCACAAGAGCAGUUAGAUGAAAUAAACAGUGUACUAGAAAGAGACUUUAUGAUUCGAGCCAUUCAUGACGUUAAGGGUAUAGAUAUAGGAAGUAAUUUAAUAAGAUAUAAGGCUGAAGUUGACUUUGACGGCAGAGCAUUGACAAGAUCUUAUUUAGAAAAACAUGAUUUAAAUGGCUUACUAGAGGAUAUGAAGAAAAUUGAAACAAUUGAUGAUGUGGAAGCAUUCCUUCUCAAGCAUGGAGAGAAUAUAGUGGAUAUGCUAGGAGGAGAAAUAGACCGAAUAGAGUUAAAAUUAAGGAAAAAGUUCCCUCAAAUACGGCACUGCGAUUUGGAGAUACUUUAAUCCUAUUUUUUAUUUAAAGUGUAUUUAUAUGUAAAAAUAAUAAUUGUUGGCCUUAACUAGUCAAGACAUGUUGGUACUGUAAAGAUUAAUAAUUAAUAACACUAUGACUGGAGUCAUACUCCAAAAAAACAAUCUGCCGUGUUUUUACUUUCGUGGCUCUUUUCAGAACUUUAUUUUUUUAAAUAACACACUCUGAUAUUGUCAUUUUAGAAAUUGUACUCAUGAAUAAGUAGUAAUUUCCAUCGAGAUUAAAAAUAUCUGUCAUAUUGUAGUAAUAUAUACUUAUAGAAUAUGUUAAAAAUAUACUAAUAAAUUAGCUAAUGUUAGUUCCGUAACUACUUACUAGAAUUUUCAUAGAGCUAUGUUGAAACUUGCAGCUACUAUAUUAAAUUAUCAAAACUCAGACUUAGUAAUGAACACAGUUUUUAUGAAUUUCCUAGACUAGUGAUGAUUUCAAGAUACAAUGUGCAGAAUUAAAUGAAGUGAAAUCCACACUAAAUAACCUUGUCCUGGGUAGUCUAUUCAAAAGAUUCCAAACUACUUUCUGUAUUCUACAAUAAGCACUGACUUGCAAAUGCUUAGAGCUUACAGAAUAUGUUUGGUCUAGAAAUAUCCAGUGAAUGUAACCGUGCCUUUUAUUUAUAUUUGUGUAGAAUGAUUUAGUGGAAACUUUAUUAUAUAUAAUUACCUAGCUAAUUAUAUCCUAUUUGAAAUAAUAUAGUUACAACAUUUAAAAAAAUGUGUUGUUUGUGAGAAGUAAAGGGUAUUAGUCGCUCCAUAAAUGAUAGGAAGGCGGGAUUCCAAAUAAUUAAAAUCCAGCCAUCUCCUUUGUAAAGUGUAAAUAACAUACUCAGAAAUAUUCAACAAAUUGAAGGGACUGUGAACAUGGAUUAAAUCUAUAGCUGUUAAUUCGAUUUUCAUUGAACAUUCUGAUUAAUAAGUAAAUAAAAUAAUAAGCACUUG